AUGGAAAAUAAUAAUAUUGAAAUUGAUUUGGAUAAUGAAGUAUCUCCUAAUAGAAGUUUACGAAGGCCUUUAAGUUCAAAGAAUACAAAUUUAGAAACUACUGUCCAUGAAAUUAGAAGAAAAGAGAAAAGAAAUUAUACAAGUAUCACAUAUAGUUAUUUUACAAAAUGUUCUGAUAUUAAUGGAGAAUUAUGCAUAUGUACAUUUUUGGAUGAAAAGGGAAAUCGUUGUGGAAAAACUUAUCGAAAUAUGGGUAGUUCAACUGGAAAUCUACUUCGUCAUCUUGAUGAAGCAUAUCAAAUAUGUUCAAAUAGUCAUAAUAAUAAAAAGGUACGAACACAAAACAGUCAACCACAUCCUCCAGAUGUUCAGAGACAACGUGAAGAAUUAAUAUUAAAGUGA